AUGGUUCGCCUUAAUAAUUCCGUUUUUAUUCUCUCAACUAUCAUUGUUGCUUUAAUAGCCAAUUCGGUUUUUGCCAUCCAAAACUCGGAAUACGCUAUCGAAUGGACAUCAGAUGGUUCUGAUUCAACUUCAACUGGUACUCUUCGUGCUGAAAAUAAUGAAACUGGUGCUGACACUACCAUAAGUGAUAGUCUAGAUAUUAGUUUGGGAGAAUAUUUAUGGACAGUUAGCGUUGACCCCGGAAAUUAUCACUUUGUAUGCGUCGUUGGAGGUGAAAUUCCUACCACUGCUAGAGCGACCACCACUGGCUCUAACAGAUCUAAUGUCAGUUCCGGUAAAGCAAGUGCCACUAAUGGUUCUGGUAAACCUUCAUCUCCUGCUUCUGCUACUACAACUAAUGCUAAACAAACUACAAGUAGUAAUAAGGCAUCUUCUUCUACUACUCCACAAACUUCUGCACCAAAUGCUGGCAGUGGAGCUCAAACACUAAAACCUAAUCUAUUAAAUUUAUGUUUGGGUCUAGGAGCAAUUGCUUCAGUAAUAAUUAAAUAUUUCUAA